UUUCCGGGUCAGGCUCACCCCGCUUGGGAAAUUAAACUUGCCCCUUUGGAAGCGGCUUUGCCGAAGGGGUGGAAAUGGCUGCUUUGCCCAGCUCCCUGCCUGGGUCCUUCCCCAACCUGGCGCCCUCUGCAAGCAUCAGCCUGGCAAUUCACUUUUCAGCCCAGCUGGCUGGGGAAUUCAGGUCCCUGGCAGAGGCUGGGGAAGGGAGGGUGUUACAAGUGGAAAAGCUAGCCAUUGCCUGGGUUUACAACGCCCAGCAUCCCCUCCCUCUCGGACGCCUGGGGUGUGGCAGCUGAUCCCCAGAAGGAGGAGAAAAAGGGGACGGAGGAGAUCAACGCCUUCUUUCCAAGAUUAAUGUAUUUUUUCCAGAAGGGUCUCUAUAGCCCACCUUCUCUGAAGCUCUCUGAGCAGAAAAACCGGGGGGGCUACAGAACGGCAACCUCUUGGCACCCAUGUCAGACAUUACAGUGAAAAGCUGUCUCCCUCAAAUGACUUUAGCUUAGAUAUAGAUGAGAUGGCUUUUUUCCCCAACAUUAGAAAAACUGGUCUGGGCUAGAGGUGAAUGGGUGGGCAAAAGCCUUAGGUGUGAAAUGAGUAAGGUCUAGUCAGUUUCAAGCCGGUUUAGAGAGCCAGUUUGGUGUGAUGGUUGAAAAGGAAAUCCAUUGUUUGGAUGGAGGAGCGGGGUGUCAGACUGGACAAGGCUAACCUGAGGUUGUGUCAUGUGAAGACAUGAAUUUGCUGCGUGUACCUCUAAAUCCUGAAGCUCUGGGGGAUUUUUUUUUAAUAGAGAGAUUUCUUCCGGCUGUUGUCAUCCUUGGGGACAUAAUUUCCUCUUUAUUUCAUUCUUGCUUUCCUGGUUGCUCAGACAGAGGAGCAAGAAAGAGAUCAGGGAAGAGAAUUAUUUGGCCAUUCCAGAUAUAAACCCACUGCAAAUAUCCCUGUUUUGAGCAAAGCAAAGAACGGAGGGAGGUUGUGCCUCUUUGUCUGGUGGAAAAUUAAAAUGGAUCACUGCAGAUUUUGCCUCCCUUUAACUACUGAGUCUGCAGUUUAUAAUUGAGGAAGCUAGUGGUUUGAAGUCAUAUGAUUUUCAUCUUUCUGCUUAUUGUGCUUUUUCUCUUGUUUUCUUUCCCCUUAUAUUUUCAUGGGGCUUAAGGCCAAGUUGUCCUAUCAUUAAGCAUCUUCUUUGGGGCCCAGCCAAAGAGAAUGACUUCCGAGGAAUACAGACCCCUUUUGGAUCCUAACCCAGAGACAGAACUGCAUGCUGCUGGAAGACCCUCUCAGCUGGAGAUUUAUUUGAGGUCCGUUAAGUUUUGGCUUCGUCCUGGGGUACAGCUCGCCAGCUAUCCCUAGUCUGAAGCGAAGCAACAACCCAGAAUUAAGACUAGAUGACACACAAGCAUCAUGGUUUGGGUCUGUGGUCACGCUGGGGGCUGCAGCCGGCGGGACCCUUGGAGGAUACGUGGUGGACAAAAUUGGCCGGAAACUUAGCCUGAUGCUCUGCACACUCCCAUAUGUGUUUGGUUUCUUGAUCAUCAUCGCGGCCCAAAACAUCUGGAUGCUUUAUCUGGGACGGCUGCUGUGUGGCGUGGCCAGUGGCGUCACAUCUUUGGUAGUUCCGAUCUAUAUCUCCGAAACGUCUCACUCCAAGAUCCGAGGAGUCCUUGGCUCGUGCGUUCAGCUGAUGGUAGUGACAGGCAUCCUGGGAGCUUAUCUAGCAGGCACGGCUCUGGCAUGGCGCUGGCUGGCGGUGCUGUGCUGUAUCCCUCCCUGUUUCCUGCUGGUCCUCAUGUGUUUCAUGCCCGAAACUCCUCGCUUCCUGCUACGCCAGAAUCGGCAGCCAGAAGCCAUCGCGGCUUUGCAAUUCCUGCGGGGCCCACUGGUGGAUCACGAGUGGGAAUGCCGGGAGAUCGAAGCCAACGCCGGCGAACAGCAAGAAAUGAGCCUUGCUGAGUUCAAGAAUCCUGCCAUUUACAAGCCGUUCCUGAUUGGAGUGGCGAUGAUGUUCUUCCAGCAAGCGUCCGGGAUCAACGCCUUGAUGUUUUAUGCAGAAACCAUCUUUGAAGACGCCAACUUUAAGAACAGUAGUGCCGCUACCGUCAUUGUUGGCUCUAUCCAAGUCUUCUUCACAGCAAUGGCAGCUCUCGUUAUGGAUAAAACCGGGCGAAAAAUUCUUCUCAUCAUCUCAGGAGUGAUCAUGGCUGCCAGCGCAACAGUGUUUGGGAUCUAUUUCAGAAUCACCGGCCCCAGCCCCAGCAAUUCUUCCCAUCUCCAGUUGCCGAAGAGCCCCCUGGACACCCCCCUUGUGGAGGAAGGACACCCCCUGGCCUGGUUAGCAGUGCUGAGCAUGAGCUUCUUCAUUAUGGGUUUUGCCUUGGGCUGGGGCCCCAUCCCCUGGCUGGUGAUGUCUGAAAUCUUCCCUCUGAGAGCCCGGGCAAUAGCCAGCGGGGCCUGCGUCCUCACCAAUUGGCUCAUGGCUUUCCUGGUCACCAAGGAGUUCCACGACCUCACGGUCCUCCUAACUCCUCAUGGGACUUUUUGGCUGUUCUCGUCCACCUGCUUGCUCAAUGUGGUCUUCACCCUUUUCUGUGUCCCUGAAACUAAAGGAAAAAGCCUAGAAGAGAUAGAGACAUAUUUCCGCAGUCCGCGUUAAGAACUUUUGCACGCAAGAUUUUAUUUUUUCCCCCUCGUCGCGGAUUUCAUUCAAUUGGUGGUUUGAAGACAUUGGUUGGCGAGGUCAAAAACCUUCCGUUCUUUCCGUUUAUCUCCGGAGCUUGGCCUGUUCCAGUUUCGGCUUCUUCCUCCCGGUAGGAAGGGCCAGGAGGAUUACUAAUAAAAAGGGUGCUAUGUUUUCUGAUCUGCAGGCCCGGGGUGCUCAGAUUUCCUAAUGUAAAUGUUUCUUUUGCCUUUUGACAUUUGAAACGAGGAUGCUGCUUUUGAAGGUUGCUUCAAUAAAUGACUGUUAAAACACUA